GUAUAUUUCAGACGCAAGUCCAACUAAAUUUAACUUUUGUAAGUAAGCUGUUAGUUAAAAAAACGAGAACAUGGAAAAGGAAAUACCCACCGAUGAUGCAUCCACAAUUGAAGCUAACCAACCAAUCAGAGAGAAAGGCAACGAUUCAGAAGCCUAUAAUGCUGAAUUGAUAACGGUACUAUUUAAAAAUUUAAACAUUAAUGAGCCGACCAUGCAGCAAGCAGAGCAACAAGCAGUCCUUGAACAACACAAGUGCAUUGCCAAAAAGCAACAGCAGGAGAAUGCCUCACAAGCAGUUCAAUUAAACCAAUUGAAAGAGAGCCAGUGUGACAAUAAAGAGAGAGCUGAGAACCAAGAAAUAUGGCAGGAGUGCAAUAAAUCAGAGCAAAAAACCGAAAUUGAAAUGUUAAUUGAGAACAGCUUUUCACAGAUUCAGGAACCUGAUUUGAUGGGCCGUAAAUUAGAGAAGGGUGUCAUUGAGCACGAUUUGACAUCGACCGCAAGCAUGGAAACACUCCGAUCCAACUCAUCGGAACGUUUGUGUGAAGCCACAGACUUUCAGAAGUUUGAGGAAAACGCUGCAAUAAUUGUUAACACUGCAAUGGAAGUUAAGAAUGAACAAUUUCUUAACUAUAAUGAUUAUCUCAUGGAGUGCGUACAAAACAUUAUUAAACAGCAGCAGGAAUGUAACAGCAAAGCAGAGAAAGAGGAAUUGUUAAUGGAGGAAUCAGAAAAGUUGAAACUAACAUUGAAUGAAGCCGAAAGUACCACUACCCUGAGUGGAGCUCCUGAUUCCGCCAAUCACUUUGAUAUUUCCACACUUAUCGAUGACAUCAAUCGCUUCACCGUGAAUAUUCAGGAGGGACAUGUGUCGUCUAGCAAUUCCAAUCUAAAUUGGAGUCAACUGCGUCAAAAUUUACUGAAGAUUCGUGGCUAUUAUGUAAGUUCGGUUGCUGCUGACAAUACUUCGGAACAGGAGGAAGAAAUUAAACAAGCCAUAGAAGAAAUACCAAUUCAGAUAGAAUGUCCUAAGACAGCUUCCAAAGAUGUCUGCGAUAAUCAGCAGCAGUCCGAAACACCUGAAUUUAUUCCAUCAACAUUUGUUGACAAUGCUUCAAAACUGGCUGAACUCAACUCUGAUGCCGGGGACAUAAGAAAAGGUCUUUCGGAUCUGGGAAAUAGAAUUGAGGAAUUGGAUGAAAAUGUUGAGCAAUUUAGCGCUAAGUUUGACAAAAGUCUACUUACAAGAGAGCAGGCAGAGAAGGAUAUGCAGGCCAUCGAUGUAUUGCGUAAAGACAUUGAACAGAGAUUAAGUCAAAUUGAGGUAGAUUUUAUGGUUUCUAAAUAUAUGCUAUUUAACCAGGGUGAGCCAUCAGACCAGUGAGCUGAAAUUAUAUUUAAAAUAUUGUCCAUUGCAACCAGGAGAGGAUUAAUAAAUGUAUAAGGCUAUGUGCAGAAUGCA